AUGUUAGGGAACCAAGAAGAUCUACAGUGUUCUGAACCCUGUUCUAACCCUAACACCCAGGUCUGCUCCACCUCCUCCACCUCCUCCUCCAUCACACACUCCAUCGUCAACACCCAGGACUUCAAGGGCUUGCGAGAGGUGAGGUUGGACAGUCCCUCUGGCUCCUCCAACUCCUCGUGGUCCUCGUCCAUAUUUCCCAGCUCAGAAAUUACUUCCAUUAGUUCGGAGCAGAUUCUGACGCCUCUGUCCACAUGGAACCAGCCUCUGUCCACAUGGAACCAGCCUCUGUCCACAUGGAACCAGCCGCUGUCCACAUGGAACCAGCCUCUGUCCACAUGGAACCAGCCUCUGUCCACAUGGAACCAGCCGCUGGAGCAGGACGCUACAGGAGCCGGCGAGGACAAGAUGGUUUGGAAGGAGACGUCCUUUCUGGGCAAUGAAGGGUAA